CAAAUUUACCCGUAAUAUAGAGAAAUUUACUAAAAUUCUCAUAAAUUUUACUAUUUCCGUGACUAGAUUCUCAAACUCGGCAUCCCUGGGUCCGAUUUUUCGUCGAAAAAUUCGUCUUUGGAUAAUCGGUAAGAUAAGCCACUGCAGUAUUUUCGUGAACGGCGUCUCUCUCCUCUUCGUGCUAUUCAUCUCAUCAGUGUUAGUGUUAGUGUAGCCGGAGGAGAGAAUCAAAGGAGUGAGGAAUUCAUUAAUUUCAGUCUUCUGGGAAAAUCCUCAGUGAAAUCAUUAAAUGAUAAAUUCCCAUCCGAAACUCUAGUCCCCCAUUCCUCAAUUCCAAAAUCAAACAAAACCCGAGAGUAACCUAAAAACAUAAAAAUCGUGCACGCGUGAAUAAAGUUUGCUACUCGCGGGUCGCUUCCCGCAUUUCACGUGUCCACAACAUCGCGGAGAAUUUUUCCCCCUGAUUGAAAAGAAAUCAGGAAGGGUGAGCGGAAGUGCGGAAGUAAGGAAGGAAGGGUCUGCGCGCCCCCCUUUCGAAAUGAAGCUCGUCGACGGAGUGGUGCGAAGUUUCAAAGUCGCAAAAGUCUUCCGUGAGAACACCGACCGAAUCAACAGCAUCGACUUCUCGAACAGUGGAGAGCUCCUCAUCUCGUGCUCCGAAGAUGAUCAAAUUGUCAUCUACGACUGCGAAAAAGGCACCCAGGUUCGGACCGUCAAUUCCAAGAAGUACGGCGUUGACCUGAUCCAUUUCACACACGCCAAGAACACGGCGAUUCACAGUAGCACGAAAGUCGACGACACAAUCCGAUAUUUGAGUCUCCACGACAACAAGUACAUCCGUUACUUCCCGGGACACACGAAAAAAGUUGUCUCCUUGUGCAUCAGUCCGAUUGAUGACACAUUCUUGUCGGGGUCGCUCGAUAAGACUUUGAGACUCUGGGAUUUGAGAUCGCCGAAUUGUCAUGGAGUGAUGAAUGUUUCGGGAAGACCUGUGGCUGCUUAUGAUCCGGAGGGACUCAUUUUCGCCGCGGGAGUUAAUUCCGAGUGUGUUAAAUUGUAUGAUCUCAGAAGUUUUGACAAGGGACCUUUCGUCACGUUCAAGUUGCAACAGGAAAAGGAGUGCGACUGGACGGGAUUAAAAUUCAGCCGGGAUGGGAAGACGAUUUUGAUAUCGACGAAUGGAAGCCUUAUCAGACUCGUGGAUGCUUUUCAUGGAACCCCGAUGCAGACUUUUACGGGGCAUUUGAAUAACAAAGGGAUCGCGAUUGAGGCAAGCUUUAGCCCGGAUUCGCAGUUUGUUUUCAGUGGAUCCACCGAUGGGAGGGUCCAUGUCUGGAACGCUGACACCGGCUACAAAGUUUGUAUGCUGAAUGGUGAUCAUCCAGCGCCCGUGCAAUGUAUCCAGUUCAAUCCAAAAUACAUGAUGUUGGCGUCGGCUUGCACAAACAUGGCAUUCUGGUUGCCGACGAUCGAUGAGUCAGCGUAAAAACCAAAUCUCCAAAGUGUGCUCGCCGAGGAAUUAUUAUCCAUGAUCCGUGCCACCAAAGGAGGGAAAAAGAAGUUCCUGGAAGGCUCCGUCGAGCAGCAGUAUGAUGCAUUUAAAGUACCUAACGAGCCAAGAAAGCCAGCCCUGGGCGUAUAAAAUGCCUUCCUGGAUGAACCCACGAAGGGAGCGCCGAGAAAUGCUUUCAGUGCUUCGCACUGGAUUUUGCGAAGACAUUAAUUGAUUGGCUCGAUGCGCAAGGGUCGAGGGCGCUCGAGGUCGCCACGCUCCAGAUCGAUCGUCUUUGGAGUUUUCCUAUCUUCGAUAAUAAUCGACACACCUUCUGCCGAUUUCGAUAUAUCUUACGUUAUCGAGUUUCUAACUGCGACUGUCAUUUUCUUACAUUUUACAAUGUAGAAGAAAAGAAAACUCUUCUAGUAUUCUUCUUAUCAUCAUCAAAAAAAAAAAAAAAAAAAAAAAAAAAAAAAAAAAAAAAA